GACGUCGUCAGUUGGCUCUUGACUCUCCCACGCUGCAGUCGGUGGCUCUGGCCGGAAUCAGACCCGGAAUCGGAAUCGCAAUCGCUAUCGGAAUCGCAAUCCGAAUCGGAAUCGGAAUCUUGCCCGGAUUGCCAAGCGGACUGGGAGUGAGAGCGUGUAUUUUUAGUGCUUGCGUGCGAAAUUUUGUUGGUGUCAAAGUUAAACAAUUUACGUGAGAUUGCAAGGACAGGCCAAGAAGAAGCAGCAGUAGGAACAGGAUAAUUGCAACAGCAACAUACGAAGCAAACGAAGCAACUGCAACAGCAACAUUUGCUGCCAGUGCAGCUACCACAGCCGUCGCCGCCGCCAAGUUCAAAAUCAACGCCUGACAAUGACAAAGGCAGCAGCAGCAACAGCAAUAACAGCAGCAACACCAAUCAAAACAGCAGCAGCAGAAGCAGCAACAUCAGCAGCAGUUGCAACUGCAACCAAAGCAAUAACAAUCAAUGGGCAGCAAACGACAUGGCGACGUCAACGAGGCUGCACAGCAGCAACAACAGCGGCAACACGAAACAUGCAGCAGCAACAAAAGCAACAACAGCAACAAUUGCAACGCCUGAAGGCGGCCGGUCGACUGGGGGCGUGGCUGCCACCAAUGACGUCGCUGUGGCGGCUGCCAACUGACUAUCUCGCCCAGUUGAUUUUGGCCCUUUGCCUGCUGGGCUGCCUCAGCCCCUUUACAGCUGCACUCGAGGAGGACUGCGUUGACUUUCAGGGCAACAAGGUGAACCACGGAAUGCUCUACGUGCCGGGACCCGGAGUCUGCAGCCUCUGCGUCUGCUAUCACUCGGAGCCACUCUGGUGCAAGGCCAUCUACUGCGAUCCGCCCUACUUUUGCAAAAACUUCCGAGUUGGCGAGCGUUGCUGUGAGUUCGAGUGCUUGGAUCCGCCCGGCGAGGACAAACUGUACCAGGAGCGCAUGCGAAAGAGGGCCGAGAUAUUGGCCGGCAACAGUACAGCCUCGAAUGUGCAACUCGCGCCGAUUGCCAUGUCCACCAUAAUGCUGGGUUUCCUGGGCAACAGCUUGCUGAACUUAUAACUUGAAGUCAAAUAGCAAAAUGGCAACGAUGGAGGAGAUCAACGCAAGGCGAAGCUAAAUCACAACAUUCACAUUUUUGUUGCUCCUAAAAGCGUAGGACACAACCACUACCACACAAAUUAUUACAGUGUAAUAGUAAUAGGCGAAAUGCAAAUGAAAUCAGGCCACGUAUCUGUGGCCAGCAAUUGAGUGGAUGCAAAGAUACAAAGAUCCAAAGAUGCAAAGAUCCAAAGAUGCAAAGAUACAAAGAUGCAAAGAUACAAAGAUGCAAAGAUCCAAAGAUGCAAAGAUCCAAAGAU